AUGCCCACAACCGCCGAGCAGGCCCUGGACGUCAGUGAAGUGCAGGGGCGAAAGAGAAAGGCAAAGAAGAAACACACAGUGAAGAAGAGUAAGAAAAAUAAGCCUUCCGACACUGAGGAUGAAUCACGUACUUCCUCAUCAGACUCUGACAGCGAUGCCUCCUUGGAUGGGUACUGGGGCCUGGGUGAGGAUAUUUCCGGGGUUCCGCUAUGGGUACAUGAGAGGAGGGCUAACUCCCAUCGUAAAACAUUUAAUGGGUCCUUGGAAUGGAAGGGAGGUGCUUUGGUGGAGGACGUUAAAACCUCCACUAAUCUUUCCACCGAUUUCAUUUUGGGAAUCACCUGUCCAAAAGAAAAAGGGCCAAGAUUCUUAAUGGGGAUUAUUUGGAUAUUUUUUUUUUUUUAAUAAUGAUAUUUAUUAAAGUUUAACAAUUACAAGAAAGAAAUAAAAAGAACAACAAUUAAAGAAAUUACAAUACUUCAAAUAUAAAGGAAAAAAUAGAGGGAAAAAACAAAAACAAGAUACAAUAAAAAAACAGUACAGCAGCUCAAUGAAAAAAGCAAAAGCAAAAAACAUUUAAAGACAAAAACAUUUUAAAAAGAAACGAGGGGGAAAAAACAGAUCCGAUAUUUUCAUAUCUUUAUCUUUCAUUUACUUAUUUCCUCGACUUCCUCACCCCUCCCUUUUUUGUAUUCUAAUUCAAUUAACUGUUUCAGCAAAUCCUUUCCCUCUUUCUCAAAUUUUGUUCUAUAAUUCAUCUUGACACAAUUUACCCUUAAAUUUUUCACUUAAAAAACCCUAAAAAUUUAGGACUUAUUUAAACUUAUCUCCUUAUAACAUUUCUACUAAAGCCGAAUAAUUUCAUUCCAACAUUUUCCUAAAGCUCAUUAACUUUACAAUGUUUCUUUAAAUAAAUUUUUAUAACUUUCUUCCAAUCUUCAUCCACCGUCUCUUCUUCCCGGUCUCGGGUUCUGUCAGUCCUUUCUGUCCAUUCCCUCUAGUCCAUCAACCUGGCGAUCUUAUAUCCGAGGCUCUUAAAUCUUCUCCAUGUCCCUUCUGCGGAUCUUCUUCAAAUUUGUACUUGCCCUUUACUUUGUCAUCUGUUGAUCUUAUUUUCCAUUUCUUUCCUUUAACACUGAGGAGUAGAUCUCUAAGAGGUUCCAACUUAACAAUAUCUUUAACCCUUCUCGACAGAUCCACCCAUUCUCCAUAAUCAGCAUUAAAAUCCAAAGGAAGUUUCACAGCGUGCUUCAAUGUCCCUCCAAGGUUAAAGGUCCCCACAGCUCCAGUUUCUCCCUGGCCCAGGACCAAAUCCCAUAGGUCUGGACAUCCCUGCGUUGGAAGCCCACUUCCCAUCUCCAGUCCAGCUGGGACUCCAUCUCUCCAAAUAUCACUCACUCUAGGCUCAGGCAUCAGAAACAACAGCUUAUUAUCCUGCAAGGCCACAGCUCUCUCAACAUAUAUUACUUGAGGUUCGACAACAACCUCCUUCUUUGUCUUCUCCUUAACUUGCCCUGUCAGUGCAAAUUCCUGGGUCGAUUCCUGAAGGAUUUCCGUAUAAGUAUUCACUGUUUGUCCAAAGUUGUCAGUUGCAAUAAACAUCAAAUCCAUCUUUGCAUGUAGCUGCUCCAGCAAAGCACUUGUCCUGCACAAGGCAGACACUAAAGCUUCCUGUGUCGACAUUCUUGUCCAAGGUCAAAAAAAAUAAAUAUUUCUCACGAUCCUUAAUCUCUAAUGCUGGCUAGUUUCCCAGGUCCACUCCAGCAGCAAUUUCAAAGGCUCCCUCUAGGGGAUACAAUUUCCAAUUGUAUCCGUCCUUUUAGAAGCAAAUCCGGCAACAAAAUUACCUUCUUUUUUCAACUGUUUUGUUCUUUUUAACUGCAAAAAGAAACAUUGGAGUCAAAAUGUUUCUCUUUCUUAACUAUCUGUCAGCACACCUUUUGUUUUCGGUCAAUGAACCUUCCCAGUACGUCUGUCUUUUGGCAGCCCGUUUCCGGGUUCAAGACAGUAGAAAAUUAUCUUUUUUUACACUCUCUCCUGCAGGCUUAAACAGUUCAAAAUUUCCCCCCUCUUCUCCUGCUUCCAGGGGGGAUUUAGUAGUUUGGACCGAUGGAAAUUUAGUCCUUUACAAAUAACUUUCUAGACUUUAGCUUGCGAUGUCUUUGCUUCAAACUAUUUACAAAAGCGGAAAGGCGGACUUCCUGUUUAGACCUUCCCGCUUCGGUGCCAAAUUAUAGAGUUUUAUAAUCCAAUUUUCCAUUCUACUCACGAGUAGUUGUUUAAAAUCCAAUUUUUCACAGGAAAAAGUCAGCGCUCUCUGGCAACGGCUGUGCGGCUUCACUCCGUAAAAAUAGCGGUCGAUUCAAAACACCGCGCCACUCACCCCCUUCGCUUCGGGACCCCGGAAAAGGGUUUCCCCGCGAGUAGGGGAGGCGCUCUUGGUGUCAGCCGAAUCCCACAUUCCCAGGCUUCCUCCGCCUGGGAUUUUUAAAGGGUCUCCGCCUUCGCCGCGGCGGCAAGACCCGAUUUUCGUGGAGCGGGUUCCUCUCGGUCAGAGGAACUCCGCCAUUGCCGAUGGCGCUAACCCGGAAGUCCUCGGGGAUUAUGUGGAUAUUUCCACCCUGCUUCCACCAGCUAAGGUGUCAGGGAAGGGGGAAAAGAAGCGUACUUACAGGAGGUGAAGGUAUAGGACACCACAGGCAGAACGCAAUUUUGAGAACUGGCUGGAUGGGUUUCAGGUUUACAUGGCCGUAAUUUACGCGUGUUACCCUAAACGCAGCAUGCAUCUAGUAGCUUACAUAGCCCACGUAAGAAGGGCCUUUGCUGUGGCUGGGGAGGCAGCCGCAUUAACAUAUGAUGAAGAUUUCCGCAGAAAUGCUUCUUUACUGCUCACUACCCGCUGGGACCUGAGAGACCAGAACUAUUGAAUGGAGCAUGUGGGCCCAUACAUGGAAAAGAAACCACUGGACCCAUAUAAGUCUGGGAAGGUCGAGACAAAAAGGCGUAGGUAAUGCUGGGAGUAUAACAGAGGGAAGUGUAUGUGACCAAACUGUAAGUACCUGCACAAAUGUGAGAAGUGCCUAGGCAAUCAUCUGGCCACAUCUUGCUUCAAAGGUAAGCAGCCCUUUUGGGGUGGCAGGGAGCACUUCCACCAGGAUAAUCGUGGUGCCCCCGGACCCUCCCAGGGUGCAGCCGGAAACCGGUCUUAAUACUACCCUCGGUCUGGCCUUCUCACCAAUUAAACUACAACCAUUAAAAGUCCUCCUUGAUUUAUACCCAAACAGACAAGCCGCUAGGUACCUUUGGCAGGGGUUUUCCCUCGGCUUCAUGUAGGGAUAUCGCAGAGUGGGGAGUAGGGUCCGGAGGGAGCACACUUCCCCACCAGCAGGCAGGGCACGGUUUGCCUGCACAUGUGACCCUGGGGUGCAGGGCACAACCCCCCCCCCCAGACAAGCCACAGCUGUCUGAACAUUGUUCCCUCUGUCUGACCUUUUGCGGUCUCAGCAGUCUGCGGUGUCCUGUCUGUAACCUUUGUCCCUGAGACCUUUUGUCUCCUUCGUCAUACACUGUGCAAGGGGGAAAUGUCGCUGUGGAAACAGGUGCCAAAAUAACUUUGUACCACCCCACAAUCUCGGGACCGAAGAUGUGUAAAGGUCACAGCCCAAAAUGUAUUUGCCUGGCUUGCAUAUUUGUCUCAAUAAAAGGAGGCUCCACAGGGCUAGUGAGCAGCUUGCAUGCAGCUCACCUGUGCACAGCUCACCUGAUGAUCAACCCUCAGUCUUGUGCCUUCACUUCAGCUGGCGCCCAACUCUCUGGGGCUAGUUUACUCACUUCGCUUGGCAAAGAAGCUAGAGACGCAUCCUUGAAUCCUCUAUAAGGAUCCCGGUGAGUAUACGAGGGAAGGAAGAUGGAGAGUUCCCUUUCUGCCCAACAACUGCAACAUCGUAAAGAUCUUCAGUAUUUGCUUUUAAAAGCGCGGCAUCCUUGUUCCUGCAAGGCACUUAAUGCUCUCUUGCAGGAAAUUGAUGCACAGUGUCCCUGGUAUCCAGAGAGCGGGUCGCUCUGGCUCAGGGACUGGGAACAAAUAGGGCAGACCCUGCAUUCAGAGCCGCGAGCUCCAGUGCAGGUGCUUCAGACAUGGCACUUCUGCAGAGAUGCGGUUCAGCGGUUCAGCCCUGCAGAAGUUCAGCCUGUACUUUCUCUUAUCAACCCUCCAUCUGUUUCUUCCGCCCUGACGAGGGUGGUGGUAGCAGCUCCGCUGAGCCUGGCUUCUAAGCAGCCAGCACCUGAGACACCAACAGCUGAGGCUUCUCAGGGUUUUCAGCAACCUCCUCUUUUAUCUCAGCCCCAACCUUCUCAUGUUACUUCAUUUCGGCCCUCAAGUCUGCCUGGCUUGGCAGAUCCAGCUAUGCCUCUUGAGUUGGUAAAGGCUCAGAAGGCAAAUCUCUCCGCUGUAGAGCAAAUGGUUAGGGAGGCAAAAGCAUCUUCUCACCUAACUGUGGAAGAGCUUGCUGACCUAAACAUGCUCAGUCCGGCCGCAUGGGCACCGGAUGGUCAGGGCCAACAGGUUAGCUGUUGGGACCCUCUGCCUUGUUCUGUAAUCAGAAAGGUGGAAAAAGCCGAUAAUGAAUUGGAUUUGACCAGUACCUAUCCACGUGGACUGGAGGAGGAUGAGUCCUCAAACUUGGUAUUGAUUCCUGAUGAUUGGAAAUCUGUAAUGAAAAUGCUCUUGAAUCCUGGCCAGUUUGUCAUUUGGCCUACCGAAUUUUGCCAAGCUGCAGAGCAUCAAGCCCGUGUGCAGGCUGCCCGAGGCCUUCUCUUUGAUCAUCUGGCAGGAGAAGGACAGUCUAGUACUGUGGACAGGCAAAGUCAGCUGCCUCAAAAGUGUUUCCCCUUGAUUGCUGCAUGCUUUUUGCAGGCAUUUAAAAAAGUCGCUGUGAACCUGCAAACUCAAUUGCUACAGAAACAGUUUCCUGUGAUUUCUGCAUGCACCCUACAUGCCCUUCAAGCUCAUAAAGCUAGUGCGCUUGCAGGUGCUUUGUGUUACUCAGGGAAGAGCCAGUAAUCGGGUCACCCUCUGACCCAGGACCAAAAAAGGGGGAAUGUUUUCCUGCUCAGAUAGCCCCACAGCCAGUAACAUCUUUGAAAAACACCUGCCACCAAGGCUGUAUUUAAUUAUGCAGGAAGACACCAUUUUCCAUCUGCCCGGGGAGGUUCAUCUCAUUCCCAUUCAGGUCGGGGGGUCUCUUUUCCCUGGAGCUGUGGGUUUGAUCCUCCACUAGUCCCACACAGUCUCUGCAAAAGGGACAACUGAUUCUGUCUCAGCAGUCUGCGGUGUCCUGUCUGUAACCUUUGUCCCUGAGAUCUUUUGUCUCCUUCGUCAUACACUGUGCAAGGGGAAAAUGACGCUGUGGAAACAGGUGCCAAAAUAACUUUGUACCACCCCACGAUCUGGGGACGGAAGAUGUGUAAAGGUCACAGCCCAAAAUGUAUCUGCCUAGCUUGCAUACUUGUCUCAAUAAAAGGAGGCUCCACAGGACUGGCAGGAGCUCGCUUCAGCCCACCUGUGCGCAGCUCACAUCAUGAUCAACUCCUGUCUUGGGCCUUCACUUCACAGCACCCAUCCCCCAAGUCAUCUACUGACAGGGCACGGGGGAGGGGGGUGCUGGUGUACCAACUUCCUGGAACUGUAGAGUGAUGUAUUUAAAUUUAUUCCACCUCAACCUGUUUCCCUCACUUCAAUGAGCAGAAAUUGCUGCUUCGAUUUUGGUUUUCCACUUCUUUCCAGCCGCACCCUUCAAGUUGGUGCUGGACUCACAAUGUGCCUAUCAAUUGAUUCAUCAAUUGCUAAUAGAUCGAAUCAUGCAUCUAAUGGAUGAAAAUUUAUUGAGUCCUUUUCUCUCUUUGCUGUGUCUAAUCAGCCAGCAUGCUGUAAGUUUUUUGUGGUAAACCACAUCCAUGCGCGUAACCUGCAUGGGCCUCACUUUCUGCAGGAAAUAAGAGGGUGGAUGCACCUCUGUGUAACUUGGCAACCAAUGCUUUGUUCACAGACCUGGUAGAAAGUGAUGGUGUUUUUUCAUCUAUCAGGGAAAAAAAUUAGCUGAAUAAUUUUGGUUACCUUUACUGCCAGCCCAAAGCCCGGCUAGCUCAGCCAGUAGAGCAUCAGUAGAGCAUUGGUGAGGGGGGAGACUCCAUCAGGCAAGGCCUCCUUCCACCUGCCUUGCCCCACCCCCUGGUCCUGGGAUUCUUCAUAAGGAAGCUGUGCCUGGAGGAAGAACUGUGAGGGGGGAGACUCCAUCAGGCAAGGCCUCUUUCCACCUGCCUUGCCCCACCCUCCAGUCUCUGCUUCUUAUUUUGUAUUGUAUUAUGUUGUGCACUGUGGUUUGCUGUUGUUUUAUUGAUUGGAGUUUAGAAAUUACUUAUUGUAAUUGUUGAGUGGAUUUCUGUUUAAUUUUGAAAUGCUGAUAUUUAAUAUUAUUUUAUAUUAUUUUACUGAAUGUUGAAUGUUAUUUUAUUUGCAUAUUGUAUAUUGUAUUAUGCAUAUUGUCUUAUUUGUAUGAUGUUAGCCGCUCUGAGCCUGGCUUUGGCUGGGGAGAGCAGGAUACAAAUAAAAUUUAUUUUUAUUAUUAUUAUUAUGAGACUCUUAAUCUCAAGGCUUGCUCACAUUGCUUCAUAAUCUCAAGCAUUUCCACAUGCUGUGACUCCUAGCGACACAGAAGCACUGCAGUUGUGGCCAAGGGACUGUGCAUUUUAAACCAUAUUCCACGGUCCAUGUCUCACUUGAAACCUUUUCAGGGUUCAUAACAACUCAAAAGUUAUACAGCACAUGAUUGCCUGUAUUGCUGUUAUGAGUCAGGCCCAAACGCCUAACAUUCCCGUUUCUUGUUUCUGUUUAUUGCUCCCAUCUUUUCCAGCAAUCUUGCCUCCAGUGAGAUACUUCUCUGACCCACAGUAGUCCCUGUAAUUCCACAGGUUAAACAAGUGUGGAAUGGGCCAAUUGCUCCCCGAAGACACUUUUGGAAAACAUUAGGAAAUGGGGAGAAGAGUAGGCCCUAGGCAACAUCCAGUGUAAAUUAAACACUUUGCGGUUUUCAUUUAACCAUCUUGCUUUUGAUUCAGACAGGUUUGCACCAGCAGACAAAUGUUUUCGCAAGUCCAAGGGCUUCGAGCUAACAACCUUUUUUAUCAACAGCUACCGGAUCUGCAGCGGACCUGAAGUGGCAUGGCCUUGUGGCCCCGGACCACCUGGGGGCGGGGCUAUGCUUUAUUUCUACCCCUACAGGUCUGCUGUGAGUUCUAGUUCAGUGUGUGCGAUUCGCUCUCCAGCAUGGUCUGGCAGCAUGGCCUGA